AUUUCCCGUUUCUACAGUUUAUCAAGUCAAUUUUCAUUCCCAUUGUAAUGAACGAGUCGACCAUCUAUUAUCAUCACCCGGAAGAAUUCAAUUUAUGUGUGUUUUGAAAUUUGAAGUAGACAGAUAAGAAAGAGAAAAUAUUUUCAUUCAGUUUAAAACGCUGGAAAUCAUCUACCCACGUUGAUAAGUAACAAGUUCACAGACCAAGUGUGUAAAUAAGGAAAAGACUUGGUAUGAGUUAGAUAGUAUCAUGCGGAAUUAAUAUGGAAGAUGUGGAUAUUUAUGAAAAUGUUCCAGAUAGCAAAAGUAGUUCGGGUGCCAACGACAGGAGUGUAAAUUGCGGAUAUGUUCUGAUGACAGAUAAGAAAUGUAUAAAAUGUCAAUUAAAAGGUAAUCCAAGUAUUAAGUGCAAAUGUCAAGAGCAAGCCGAACAAGGAAACGAAACAGAUUUCUACACAUCUCAUCAAGGUGCAGAUUACGAGAACAUGAAAGUUACAAGAGCUAAAAAUAUGGAAAAAAUAGAAACGUUGAAGAAGCAGGCCUUGGAGAAUCAAGCCAAUAAGUGUAGUAAAGCGGAGAUGCGUAUCUAUGACAACCCCGAAGAAGGAAAGUCAGGCUGUCCUUGUACGAUAUUGUGAAUAUUGGAGAACUGUUCAGAUCAUGAACGGUUGUGCUAAAAUCAUCAGAGAACGCUGCAUGAUGUGUCAAAAGAUGUACCGCUAUAUAAUUCAUAUAUAUGUACAUCUAUGCGGUGCACUCACCCCCUAUAUAAUUUAUAUACAUGUACAUCUAUGCUAUGCACUCACCCUUUGUAUAAUUCAUAUACAUAUUCAUGUUCAUCUAUGC